AUUAGCUGCUACCAUUUCCAUUCUGGGAGGGGCGGGGCGGGGCUGGGGGGGUCAGCGGUUUAAAGGGCCGGGGGUUCCGGCCCAGUAGCAGCAGCCCCAGGCCCUCUUAAAUGGCCGGCCCUGGGACGGCUGCUCCCUUUGCCCCCUCCCGCCCCCGUUGGCGGCUUGGCGGGGGGAGGGAAGGGGGAAGAAGGGUUCGUACCGGCAGGGGCGCCAACGGGGAAGGCGCGGGGACGUUAAAGCGCCGUUGCGGCAGCGCUUUAAGGACCGUCCUUUGCCGUGGCAGCGCUUUCACGUCGCCGCCCCUUCGCUCUUCUCUUCCCCCCUCACCUGUCGGCGGCCCUGCCAGUGCUGGCCCGACCAGCAGGGCCGUGGACGGGGGAGGCAAAAGCAGCAAGCAGCGCUUUAAUGUGGGCUGUGUGUGGGCGGGCACCGGCUCCCUUUCACCCCCGCCCGGGGACCGACUCCAGCGCUGUUUGAGGCUGGGUCUCUCCCUCCGCCCCGCCUUCCAUCCCCGGGCACCCUUCGCCACCACCGGCAGCGGGGUGGCUUCCUGCCUGCUCGCUCCGCUUGGCUGCCGGCCCCGGUCUGCGGCCCCUGGGCGGAGUGAGCAGGGUCUGUCCACACACGCUCCUUCUGCCCCAAGCGCCCCUGUGGCCAAUAGGAAGCUGCAGGGGCAGAGCCUGGGGGCAGCAGCGCGUGGAGGCCCCCCCGGCCCAGGAGCCCCAGGUAAGCACCACGCACCCCCCCUCCCUCUGCACCUCCUGCCGCGCCCUGUGACGUACUCCGUGACCGUUGAGUCUGGCAGCAAAACAGAUCAGAGAAGAUGUGCGCAAGCGCUGUCUGGCGGGGGGAGGGGGGCAAACCACACGCGGCUCUUUUACGGGUCCAGUCCGGCUCCAGGAGCUCCCCACCCCCCGCCCGUUCUCCACCUUCCAGACGGGGGGAACUCGGGCGCCUGCCCUGCGGCAGGGUGGGGGGGGCCAGGGGCUUCUGCCGGAGGAGACCGGCGCCCGCUGAGAGCGGGGGGCCCCCCCUUCAGCUCCCAGGAUUUAGCUCUGCCGGGAGAAACAGCAGCCAACAGCUGGGGCGGCCGGGCGGGGGCCUCUGCUUCCGUGGCUUGGGGAGAGGCAGCAGCUCGGCCCGCGGCUCCCGGCGGCUGCCUCUCCCCAAGAGUGAACCCUCCCGCAGCGGUCGCAGGACGUCCGAGCGCGGCCGCGGCCAGGGACGGUCCUUAACGCGCUGUCGCGGCAGUGAGGUCACGUCGCUGCCCCUCCCUGGUGGCUGCUGCGGCAGGAACCCCCGGCCCUUUAAACCGCCGCUGGCGCCCCGGGUGGUGCGGCUCGGGCGGCCUGAAGGGCGGGCUGGGGGACGCUGACCCCCCAGCCCCGCCCCGCCCCGCCCCUCCCGGGGCCGGGACUGGCCCCAGCCCCCAUACAGGAGCAGGCUUUUAAAAGUCUUGUUCUCCCUGAGGAGCCCCACCCACCGAUUAAGAGUUAGCACCCACCAAAGGGCUUGGCCAUCAAAGCCUUCUUAAGAAGCUCUCAACUUGCCUAGCAGGUCUCCAGGCUCAGCACAGGGUCCCUCAAACGACCAGUUGAGUGGGAUGGGAGACAGAAUCCUUCAAUGACUUUGACCGCCUUGUAGACAGGCUCACUAAAGACCUGUCUGCAGAAAUUCCAUCGGGGAAGAAUGGAAAUCAGGGGAACACAGCGAAUUCUCACAGAGCCCCUGCGUCUAGAUAUAACUACAGCCAGGAAGCCGGGAGAAGAAACACCUGAGUCACCACUAUGAUCCGACAGCAGAUUCCAGGAUUCAGAAGCAAUAAUGGUCAAACUGUCCUAAGGCUAUGAGGGAGCUCCUCGGACGGGCCCUCAUCCUACCGUGCCAUCCCAUCCGAGAGACUCUUCUCAUACUCCAUGGCUGUGUUUGACCGUGUAGUCCCGAAUGAUACGCAGCGUUCAAGAUGCUUUUCGCCCCUGCCCCAGCUCAGCCAUGAAGUGGUGCUGGAAGAAGUUGACUUUACAGCACAGGAAAUAGUGACAGACGCACGAAGACACACAGUAGAGCCCCAGGAAAGGAGAGCAUUUGGUACGACAACUCCUGAAAAAUACAGAUCGUGGUUUCCUGGUGCUAACUGCUGUGGCAAAGGUACCUCUCAACAAGGCAAACAGCUCCAUAAGGCAGCUGGCGAAGAAGAGGCUGUCACUCCCUUGGAGGGCUAGUAACGAGCACAGGUAGGGAGGCACCAACAUCCCUCAAAGGGGUGAUGUGUCUGACGCUGCGGCGAUCACUUGCGCAUUCCAUCUUUCGAUGUGCCUGGAUGCUACGGUGAGGAACCUUGUGGCGAGUGCUGUGCGUGACAUCAUCGGGAAGCGAAUCGCCGUGGCCCCUUCCAGCCAAGAGGUCGCCUGGAAGCCAUAUUUGGAAGAGACGGUGGAGUCUUUGCUCCACUUUGGACUCAUGCCUGCAAUGCAACACAACAGCUGGAAAAGCAUAUCGGCAGCUACUUGAUGUGGUGGGAGGAACGUCGGGAGCUGGGAGUCCUGCUGCCACGGGUCAAGAACACCGAGCGCUCCAUCAUCACUCCGAGAGCGAGAACUAUGCUGGAGAGGACCCUGGAGGAUGCCGUACAUGGAAAACCGGAGAUGGAAGAAGACGCUUUUCAUCCAAGCAGAGUCGUAAUUUGGGGGAACCAAGUUGAUUUUAUUUGGAAUAGAGUCUACGUGGGGGCGUGGUGCUGGAACAGGUACUAGGCUUAUAGCUACGAUGCCGGGCAGAGGAGCCCGUCGACUGCACGCCCUGUGGGUCCCAACAGCCGGCUCUGCUCAGCCUGCAGAGCAGACUUCACGUUCCCCUCUCUAGGGUCGGCUGUGGAGCGAUGGCGCCACCUGCUGGUUCGGAUUUCAAAGCUUGGUAGAAAAAUAAACAACUGCAAGGGCGGGGGAAGCAACUCUCUCACUGAGUGCCUGACAGAGGUAAAUCGAUCCCCACAAAAAGAGAGUGAAUGGAAGAGUAACGAGGAGCACUCCACAGUGGGAAAGCCUGCCACAAGCACUAGAUCAUGUACGCUCAUCACAAAGCUCCUGUGGAUGACCUUAAUCUUCACGCUGCAGGCUCCCACCUCCGUUAAGUGGCCUGUCCCAAGUCACAGCCUAAGAAGGAGACGAGACAGUCCGGUUUGGCCUAUGUACAUGGAAUCAAGUUCACGCAAGUUAAGAAGGAAGCAUUUUCUAGGCAGACUUCUCUCUCCGUGUUCACUUCGGUCUCCCCAAGGACCGCUCAUUUAUCUUGAGAAAACACAGAGGACGCACACAGUGACGACAAGCCAAAGAGAGAAUGGUAAUCUUUAGACAGGCAUGGAGAGAGUGCCUGGGUGCAGGGAUGCUGAGCCAGCCAUCCUCCUAGUGUCCUAAGCAUCCUGCCCCAAGUGACUAGGGAGGAGACACUCCUGUACCUCCACUAUUCCUUCCCCAGUUUCCUCCUCUGGGCCCCCUCCUUCAGCUGCAGAACUCUGCCAGCUAACAACUGGGACAGUUUCCUUAAUCACUGACGACACCUCUCCUGCCCCUGUGCCUGAGGGCAUGUGGCCUUCUGCUGGAAAGGAGCUAGUCUCAGCCCCUCCCAUACUUAGAAGCACCCUGCUUCCCUGUGUUACAGAAAUCCUCACUCACCUCAGUGCUUUCUGAGAUUCCCUGCUCUUUCUCUGGGACACAUCUCUCUGCUCCCUAGAGCCGGGUUUCUCUCUGGUUCAGCUGCAACCUGGACAGUUGUCUCCCUGGCAGGCAUUACACCCCCAUCCCUUCCUGAUGUGGUGUUGCCUCCAGCUGCAGUGUAGGAGUUGGUCUCAACCACCCUCCCACCUAGAAGCAUGUGGCUUCCCCCAGCUGCAGAAGAAGCAAGGGGACUCUCUUCCCCUUCUCUCAGAAGUUCCUGAGACCUUCCCCUUCCCCUUGGGGGGUCCCAGCAUAAAAUUCCCUCCUGCUGCAGGCAAACGCUUUAACCUGAGGUAGACAGAAAAAAUCGUUACCCAGGAGCAGGCCGAAUAGGAGGUGUUCCAUUACCCACCCAGUCAAAACACCUUCCAAACCACAUGGAUUUUAGCUCGUGGUAUGAGGAAUCUGCUUUUGUGCACCCCCAGAAUCUCUGCUAUUUGGCCAGGCAACAUACUGGCCUUUGGGACCCCACACUGCUUAACCAGAGAGAUCUGGGCCCCUGUAUCCCUCUGCCCCAAGCAUUACCUGCCAUCAAUUUGAACAGCCUUAACAUGCUCCAUAUCUGGUUCUGCAGUGGCUAACCUCACAGAACCAAUAUGAUUGGUUUCAAUUGCUUGGGGGGGGGGUCUCUGUGUUGAGGACAGCAGAACUAAUGAGCUAUUGUUUGCUUGCUUCCUCCUAGCACAGGGCAUUUAUUCCUCCAGCAAUCAGUGGAAUUACACUGAUCACACCUUUGGGCUCUUCUGCUUUUACAGGAGAUUUGGGAUAGGAGUUACCAGUAGAGGAAUGUUUUUAGGUCAGAGAAUGUUUAGGCUCCCAGCCCCCUUCUCUCUUCCCAGGGACUGGGAUCCUCCCCUCCCACCAGCUUUAAACCCCUCUUUCUCUAGCCUGCCUUCAAUAAGCGCUUGAUUCUGUUUGAAGGCAUCUGCUAAAAAAAGCCAUCUCAACCACAGACUUUACAUCUUUGUCCCAUUGAUGCUGCUUCACAUGAGCCUUAGGUAUGCUUAUAUUGCACCACAAACACACACUACAGACAAACUCACCCCAGGGGUCAUGAGGUUGUUCCUCCUUCACCUGGAGAGCCCCCUCACAGAACUCAGGUUACAGCUCCUGUUUUCUAGCUCCUCUGGUUGCUUAGGAGCAGGCUUUUUAAAGCCUUGUUCUCCCUGAGGAGCCCCACCCCCUGGUUAGGGCUUGAUCCAUCCAUGCCUCAGCACAAGGUCCCUCAAACGAACAGACCACCCUAUAUACUUCAAUCAAGCAGCAAACACACACCAGCCACAGCCAGAAGCUCACCCCAGGCUCCUCCUCCAUGUGGAGAACUCACUGGCAAAACUCACAUUAGCUGCUCCUGUUCCCUAGCUUCUCUGGGCUUUUUAGCGGGCUUUUUAAAGCCUCGUUCUCCCUGAGUAGCCCCACCCUCAGGUUGCCAACUUUCUACUUGCAUAAAACCAAACAGCUAGAUGGACUUUGGUCUGACCCAGUAUGGCCAUUCUUCUGGUCUUAUGAAAAGUUAUACUUGGAGUAGCUUGUGGAAAGUAAAUGUAAUGAGUGUAAAUUGUCUCUUAGUAAUCAAGAAUUUAGUCCCUGAAUAAAUACAGUCUAUUAAAGAAGUAUUUUGGCUACUUACCUGUCUUGGCUUCUCACUGAAACUUUAACUCAUUUCUCCUGGUAUUGCCAAUGUCUGGUGAUAUGUUCUAAAUAAAUGUGCCUUGACCGCCUGAUGAAAUACCAGGAGAAAUGAGCUACAGUGCCCAUGAGACACAAAGAAGGGAAAGCAGAUGAAAUUCUUCUCUAGUGGAUCUUAUUUACUCACAGACAACCUACUUUAAAUUCCCAGUUACUGAGGGACACUGUAUUUAUUUAUUCUCUGCAAGUUGCCCCUAGUAUAACUUCCUGUGAGUGAUGUAUCUGAAUAUUUGAAUACUGAUAUUUAAAUUGGACUGCUAAAUAUAUUAACCCCAAUUUGGGAUAUUGGCAUGAUUGUUGAACUCUUGGUGAGUUUUGAGGUUGGCAAGACUGUAGGAACCAUGACAACAGCUCUGUGACCUUUGAGGAUCCUCUACUCAGUGAGUCUGCAAGGAAACAGAUCCGGUCAACGGGCCUAGCAAUUUCCCUGGCACACACAGUUUAUUUCCCCAGCCACCAUCACAGAUAACUAAGCUGGAAUAAGACGUUUCCCCCCUCCGUCCCCAGAGUCUACACUAACAGCACCAAAUGGCACCGUUUUCUGCUGUCACUGUGGUCUCAUAGUCUUUUACCAAGGGAGGCUUUGAGAUUCCACUUAUAGUUCAAGGAGAAGCUACAGCUAGGGGAGGGAACAUUGCUUUUGUGGAGACAAAUGGGUAAUUUGUUACACAGGCAGGAAAGAAGCUGGUGAGAAACGAAUGGGAUAUGGGUGGAAGGGUCCCUCCGAGUGGAAAUUUGCUUUUCAAGUAGUUGGUGCAGGUUUUUUUGUCUAGGAAAAACUAUUUGCUGGCUCAGACUACUCUAUCUAAGACCAGGGGGCUAUUCUUCCAAUAAUAAGGCUUAGUACAACUGUAAAUGCUUUAAAUUUUCAAAGUGCCUUAGGUCCUAAUUAUCUCACACAACAUGCCUGCAAGGUAUUAUCCCCAUUUUAUUACUAGGUGUAUAUUGUGCCGUCCUUGUAUACAGUGUAUUUUUUCUUUCUGAAGAGCUGGAGCCAGAUUCUGAUUUCUGUGACAACAGUGUAAAUGAGGAGUGACUCCACUGACAACAAUGGGGUUACACCAGCAUAAACCUUGUGAGAGCAUCAGAACCACAGCCCCUGCUCUGAGACGCUUUUGCUCUAUAGUGGGAAACAGAGGCACAGAGAGAGAACUGACUUGUUCAAGGCCAAACAGCUAGUCAGUGGCAGAGCCUGGAAUAGAACUCACAAAUCCAUGGGUCUUAGCUCCACGGCAGGCUGGUAAUUUUAGUCAUUUCUGAGUUGCUGCAGUCCAGAUUCCUACACUGAAACUCAGUGUUUAAAAAAUGUCAGCACAGUAGACUCCACCCACAGACAAAGGGUCUCCUGCUGCCGCAUACACGUUGAGGCAAAGCAGAGAUGAUUUAUAGGAAGUGGCUGGCGAGAGGCAGAAUUUUUUUUUUUUUUUUUUUGCGAAGUGGGGGAGGGGGCAGUUGAUCCUGGCUCAGCACUUAAUUAUAAUUACUUCUAUUAAAACCAGUGUCAGAUGGAUGCCAGUGCGAUAGAGGAGCAGCUGCUCUCCGAACUCAUAUUGGUUUGUUGCAUUCUGGCUCGUUAAGUGAUUGAGCCAAGCAGAGAGCAGUUUAGGCAGGAGACUAGAGGGUUGAGGGUGCUGUUUUCAUUUAGCACAUGCUUGGGGUCUAGUUAUGCAGCUGGAAAUUCUGGUCAGCCACCCCAACACCAGAGUGCUGGGCUAAGAGUCCAUGAGGUGACAGGAGGACUGGUUUUGUGAGGAGCCCUUUAUUAACACCAUUGUAUGUUUAAGGGCUCAUCUACAACAGAAAAGUGACUCAACAGAAAAGUGACUCAAUUUAAAGGUGUGAUUUUCAAACCUGUGCAAAAGUGGGAAUGGCUGUUGCAGUUCAGUUUAAAUUGAUGAGGAAGAGGUUUAAGAUCAACGGAAAUAAAAUGGUCUUAAAUCCCAGUAAGUCUCCACACAGGGUGAUUGUGGUUUAAAAAAAGAAUUUUUAAGAUAAAGUUGGUGCAACUUUCUCAUGUAGACAAGGCCUAAAGCCCAUUUCUGACCAAAGGGUUUCACUGUUUGCGACAUGACACGUCUGAAACAGCCAAUGCCCUGCAGAAGGAAGAGACCCUUUUGCCCAAACAAACAGGGACAAGGUUCUAAUCUUACAAAAAAAGCAAGGGGUCAUUCACAGCUGCACAGGGGAUGUAGCAUCUCCCUCCUUCAUGGCUCACGCUAAAGACACACAGUGAAGUGCUUGGUAUUCCACUCAUCGUCCCUGCAGGAUUUUUCAAGCCUGAAGCUCAGUCCAAUAGAUCAGCCCAUCUGGAUUUAAAAAUGUGUUUGGUCCCAUUCAUAGAAGGUUGGUUACAAAAUGCUCAUCCAUGGCAAACACGAGCUUCUGGUGUGUCAUCUGGGCUCAAUCCAUGGAAAUCACUAGGCACUUAAGACCCACCCGGGAGGGGGCUGGUGACUGCAAGGGAAAGAGAGGGAGAGAGGCCUCUUGUAUAGAGUUCUCUGAGGCCUGUGCCCACCUCUGAAGUUUUGUCAAUGGGCCCUAGAGGGAGCUGUGAGUCUUCUCCGAAGCUGGAGUGUAAGCCAAACUCCUGCAGGGAAAGGCAAAAACAGGGAGGAUCUGGAAAUUAAAUACAAAUGUGGCUGCCUCCACGAUCUCUGCAAAAUAUUCAGAGGCUGGGGCCUGUUCUUAAUCCUCAGCCUCAAGCUGAUCUUGUAUAUGUUGCACCUGUGCGUGUUGUGUCUCUAAGUGCCUGGAGCCGGUUGUUACUGGGAUUAGAUGGGGGUGAGAGAAUGUUUGCCAGACGUCGCGUUAGAAAUCUCAGUCAAGGCAGUGCUCAGUAGGGGCAUUAUUUAUUGAACUCCAUUUUUGUGUUUAGCGUGCAGUAUGUAGAGGAAGUCACAACUCGGAUUGCAGAAGAAACACCCCUGGACUUAUCCUACAAUACCUAUUGUAUUGGACAUGCCUUGCCGCAGUUCAGAUUCUUUAUGUUGUGACGUUCCCCUCUGGUUUUAGCCGGAUGGGUGAUCUGCUAGGCCACUCCAAUCCUUGACUCUGCCUUACCCUGCUCUGCCGUGAGAACCCCCAUUCGUGGGUUGUUCACGCACAGCCUCUGGCAUGUAAGCUGCUCCCAGCUACUUGCAACCAAAUGACACUAGCCAACAUCUCCGGUCCCAGAUACAACCCUAGGAACCUCCAUCUUGCAGUGUCCAGUUAUGCCCACUGGAUGCUGCAAGCUUAUCUAAGUUCAUCAGUUUAACAAAGAAAUUGAUAUGUACCAGGCUUGUUAUCCCAAGGGGAGCCUCUGAUACACUUCAAACCAAACACACUGCUUCAGAUAGGAUAAACAAACAGAUUUAUUAGUGAUUAUAAGUCAAAGCAUAAGAAGUCAGAUUUGGUCAAAUGAAAUAAAAGCAAAACACAUUCUAAGCUGAUCUUAACAUUUUCAAUGUCCUUACAAACUUAGA